AUGAAGAACGCCAUUGCUCUUUUGGCCCUCGCUGCUGCGGUAGAGGGCUCUCCUCUAUUCUCCAAGCGUGACAACGAUGAUGUCUUCUCAGACAAGGGAAAGAUGUGUAAAGGUUGGAAUCUGAGAACUGCCGAAGGUGUCGAUGACCUUUGGACCAAGACUGAAGCCGGCAUCGAUCUCGAGCUGUUCAUCAACGGCCAUCCCGAGCACCAGAACAACUGGCUCAAGAACCUUGAGGAUCGUGUCAUGGGUGGUACUGACGGCAAGUCUGGUGCCAGUGGUUGUGGUCUAAUUGGAACUUCUUGCAAUCCUAUGGGGGGCAUCGGCUGCGAACAACAAUUCGAGAAGUAUGGCACAACAUUUAUCAACAAGAACUCGUACUGGAUUUUCCAGUCUGUCAAGGGCAUGCAUGGCAAAUUCGCCGAACUGCACCGCCAACUGACCACCGAGACUCUUAUCAAUGGCCUCAAGAUUCCCAAGAUGAUGGAGGACUUUGGAGGUGAUGAGAACAGUCCUGAUAACAUGAAAGGCUGGAUUUCUGCGGCGGCGACUAUGGGCAACGCCCUUGGAGGUCUUAUCCCUGGAGUGGGCUCUGGCAUUUCUGCUGGCCUGGGUCUCAUGGCUGGUCUCAUGUCUGGCAUGUCGCUGGGAGAUGACGAGGAUAACGGAGCCGCCACCGUAUCCGCUGGUCUUGCCGAAGUCUUCAAAGCGGCUUCGGUCAGACUGGAGGACACCCUUAGAAUCGCCACCGGUGGCGGUAGAAAUGAAGAUGAGUACAACUCUCUUCCUGCCCCUAAGUGGGAUACAUACCAGACCAAGAUCGCCAAGUUGUUCAAUGGCGGCUGGUUCCUGCUCGAUGACGACGUCGAGACUGUCCGUGUUACUCUGGGUUCCAUCACCAACAACAUCCAGAAGAAGGUUGCCAAUGACGUUAUGAAGGCCUCCAAAUUGUCCCUUGUUGCAGACAAGCUUGGUGGCAAGGAUACCCGUGAAAAGUGUGGUUUCUCUACUGGUCGUCAAUGGUUACCUCUGCGUGAUGGUGAGGAGUACUGCUGGUACAUCAUGCGAAACGACCCCAAUCCUAUCGGUGAAGGUCAGUGGCAUGAGGUUAGUGCAGAUAUCUACGAGAAGAUGGCUUCUUAUGGCCUUGGCGACCGCGAGACUUACUACAAGGCUCUUAUCGACUGCGCCCUGAACAAGGGAGAUAGUGAUCAGGUCGACACAAGCAACCUUGUCCAGGGAGAGAUUCCUCGCUGUUUCUUUAACAUGCCUGCUGUGUUUGUUGAGCAUGACAGCUCCCAUGGUUGCGGAAGUCCUUUUGAUAGCCACAACUGUGACUACCGCAAGGGAACUCCUCUCAAAUAA